UGUUGGUUAUCCGAAACUCACUCCUUUCUGAUUCUUUCCUAGAAAAUGGGUUUUUCCAGUUCCAGAAGCCUCAAAUUUAUUUUUCUCAUUCUCCUACUAACUUGGUCUUCGACAUUUGAAACAUGCAAUGCUAGAAGAGGCAAACACUGGAGACGUAGCACAAGUUUUACGACUUCUUUAUCUAAGAAGAAUGGAAAAAAUCAUGCCAAUAGUCCUCAUUACAGCAAUUCAAAACCGGAGACUCCAUCUCUGAAAGCACCAGCACCUCCAGCUACUAAACCCGAAAAUGAUUUUUCACCAGCCCUAUCUAAGAAAGACCACAGCUAUGUGUCGAAUGCUACUUUUCAUGUAUUAGAUUUUGGUGCCAAGGGGGAUGGGAAAACUGAUGAUACACAGGCAUUUCAAGCUGCAUGGGCAGCCGCUUGCAAAGUUGAGGCGUCCACCAUUGUCGUCCCAUCAGCAUAUGUGUUUGUCUUGGGGCCUGUUUCGUUCUCUGGUCCUUACUGUCAACAUGACAUCGUUUUUCAGCUUGAUGGUACAAUAAUUGCUCCGACAAACUUCAAGGCUUUUGGUUCAGGUCUCUUUCAAUGGCUUGAGUUUUCAAAACUGGUUGGGAUCAGAAUUCAGGGAACAGGAAUCAUUGAUGGAAGAGGCUCUACUUGGUGGCAAGACUCCUCGUUAGACGACCCUUUAGACGAUGAAUUAAGCCUGAUUGUAUCAUUAAACAACACAGUGGAGAAAUCACUUCCAGUUCCAAUAAGAAGCUCACUCGGUGGAUUAAAGCAGAGCAUCAAACCAACUGCACUGAGGUUUUAUGGGAGUUUUAAUGUGACAGUCACUGGAAUAACAAUUCAGAACAGUCCGCAAUGUCACCUGAAGUUUGAUAAUUGUCUGGGUGUUUCAGUAUACAAUAUAACCGUCUCAUCUCCGGGUGAUAGUCCUAAUACAGAUGGAAUUCAUUUACAGAAUUCAAGAGAUGGGCUGAUCCAUGCUGCCAACCUUUCUUGCGGAGAUGACUGCAUUUCUAUACAAACUGGAUGCUCAAAUGUAUAUGUGCACAAUGUUAACUGCGGACCAGGACAUGGAAUUAGCAUUGGUAGUCUAGGGAGAGAUAACACAAAAGCCUGUGUCUCAAAUGUUACUGUUCGAAACAUUAACAUGCAUAACACAAUGAAUGGUGUUAGGAUAAAGACCUGGCAGGGUGGUUCGGGUUCUGUGCAAGGAGUGUUAUUCUCAAACAUUCAAGUAUCAGAAGUCCAAAUUCCAAUCAUAAUCGACCAAUUUUACUGUGACAAAAGCACCUGCAAGAACCAAACAAGUGGCGUGGCUCUAUCAGGGAUCACCUAUGAAAGGAUAAGGGGAACUUACACAGUAAAACCUGUGCACUUUGCAUGUAGUGAAAGCCUUCCAUGCACGAAAGUCACCUUAAAUGCCAUUCAACUGAAACCGCUGCAGAAAAACGACCACAUCUAUGAUUCGUUCUGCUGGCAUACAUUCGGAGUGUUGUACUCUGCAACUGUGCCCCCUAUAGAAUGUCUGCAGGCUGGGAAGCCAUUCAACAACCGGAUUCAAGCUGAUCAUGAUCUAUGCUGACUCUGGCCAUUACCAACAUGUACAAGAAUGGUAUGUGACCAUUUAAGAGAGGCCUAACUCGAAAAAAACUGAAGUUUGGUUAUUCAGAAUCCAAGAGAAAGAGAUCAGUUCAAUGCAGCAAAGGCAACAAAAGCAGCAGCAAGGGAACAACAGAAGUACAUGUCAUGCAACAAUUACAGGUAAAAUUCAAAGUCACGAGAAAAAUGACAAGAAUGGGAAGGACGGUGAUUCAUCUCAUGCUUAAGAACGACUAC